AUGGGCGAGUUAUUAAGCCAAUAAAAAGUUUUUACAUGUAAAAUGUGUUCCGUAAAGUGUAUUUUGGUAUACGUAUGUCGCGAUUUUGUUUAGUUUGUUGGGAAUCAAAUGCAAUACUUUACACAGCGCAUUUAACUCUGAUUGGUCAAUAUUUCAGAUGUGCACUUAUCAGCCAAGAAAAUGCAAAUACGCUAAGACAGAGGUAGUAAACAAAACACAAGGAUGGUGCCAAGCGUCAGCUGCACCUCAGCUGAUCGGAAGUGGAGCGCGCAACCACAAACCAUUGAGGCUAAUUUAGCUAGCGAGUGAGGGAGAAAUGGCUGAUACCAUAGCUGAUACAAGGAGGCUAUUCUCCAAGCCUCAGAACUUGAAUGACGCGUAUGGACCACCUAGUAACUUUCUAGAGAUAGACAUGAGCAACCCGGAGACGGUCGGUGUCGGCAGGACCAGGUUUACCACGUAUGAAAUCAGACUAAAGACCAACUUGCCCAUCUUCAAGUUGAAGGAGUCUCGAGUGCGGAGACGGUAUAGCGACUUUCAGUGGCUCAGAGGGGAGCUAGAGAGAGACAGCAAGGUGGUGGUACCCCCUCUCCCAGGGAAGGCUCUUUCCAGACAGCUGCCGUUCCGAGGGGACGAUGGGAUAUUUGACGAUUCUUUCAUCGAGGAGCGGAGAGCUGGGCUGGAGCAGUUCCUCAACAAACUGAACACAUACAGCAGGACGUCUACUCCUUCGUUCUCCUUCAUAAUUGCCUAGUAAAGGAACAAGAACAGCCAAAGAGGCCGCAAAGUGGCUGGUCACCCCUUGGCCCAGAACAAGCGCUGUCUGCACAUGUUUCUACAGGACGAGUCUGUGGACAAGACCUAUACCCCCUCCAAAAUACGACAAGCCUAAGAGAAGCGGGCCACCACGCGGCCCAGCCCCGGUCUAUACUCGGCCAGGCCCCGCUCCACAACCCAAAGCUCUCUGUUCUGCUAACGGUCCUGCUCUGCUCCGACCACAAACACUUGUAUAAUCUUCAUUCUUCUUUUGUUUGCAAUCACUUUCUUUCUUUGUCUUUUAUCUCCGUGUUGAUUAGUGAUCUCAUGUAGUGCUCGUUUUCAACUCUCGAUUGGAUCAAACUAGGAAAUGGUCUACAUGUAAAAACUGUUUGAAAAUAAUAUAUCAUUGUUUUUGUUGUCUCAAUGCCACUACCUUGAGUAUUUUACAGUAUGUUAUCUAUAUUUAUCAGUCUUGGAUAUUCAUUUUUAAAGAAAUAUAAAAAAUACCUUUCCAUGUAUGCAAACCUCAUGUUAAAACCCCAUACAUUACACAGUGUUGUUUUUACUCAAUGUCCAAUUGGAAUGAUUGUCCUUGGCACACUUUGUCCCUGACUCUGAAAAUCACCCUUUGUGGACGAUCCAUCACUACCAUGAACUGAAGCGUGUGUGUGUCUGUGUACUACCAGCCAGCACUUCCACUGUUCGUUAGCCUGUAAAUUAUUUUAUAAUGAGAAAAAAUGCACCAGAGAGGGGAACCCCACAGCAUUUCUACCAACUGACCAUGUGUUUAUGAAAUGUGUAUACUGCUGUGCCAUUUUGUUAUUUUGAAAAUUUUCCAAUAAAAUAGGUCAAACGCACUC